UUGACCAAUAAUCAGCGGUAGCCUAGAAGUGGGCGUGUCGAGUGCAGGCAGGUUCGGUUGCACUGCUCGUGAGGGAGGGAGGGGUUGGUUGGUGGUGGUGCUGUUUGAGAGACUCGCUACAGUAGAGCUGUAAAUCAGACUAGCUACAGUAACGGCGCUGAAAUUUGUUACCCUGUUGCAAGUAUUUCUGGCGAGCGAUAUCACUGCAGUCUCCCGUUUUGGGGAAAGAGUUGUUGAGCGAGGACUACAGCAACGGACCCUUUUUUAUAUACAUAUAAAUAAGAGAGAGAGAAAGGCGAGCACACACACAUUUGACUGGAAAUGUCUGAAAACAAACCGAAUGAUGAGCCGAAGUUGUCUACGACGGAUAGAGUUAUUAAAUCUGUCCCGUUCCCCCCCAGCCACAGGCUGACCGUGAAAGAGGUGUUUGACAGCGAAGGAAAGCCCAAAGUCGAUGUCCUCAAGGCUCAUCUGACCAAAGAGGGCCGUGUGGACGAGAGCGUCGCCCUGCGCCUCAUUGGUGAGGGAGCGGCCAUCCUGCGCUCUGAGAAGAACCUUCUGGACAUCGAGGCCCCUGUCACAGUAUGUGGAGACAUCCAUGGCCAGUUCUUUGAUUUGAUGAAGCUGUUUGAGGUGGGAGGAUCUCCAGCCAGCACACGCUACCUUUUCCUCGGCGACUAUGUGGACAGAGGAUAUUUCAGUAUUGAAUGUGUGCUGUACUUAUGGGCCUUAAAAAUUCUUUACCCCAAAACACUGUUUUUGCUGCGUGGGAACCACGAAUGUAGACAUUUAACAGAGUAUUUCACCUUUAAGCAGGAAUGUAAAAUUAAGUAUUCGGAGCGAGUGUAUGACGCAUGUAUGGAUGCCUUUGACUGCCUUCCGCUGGCCGCGCUCAUGAAUCAGCAGUUCCUGUGUGUGCACGGAGGCCUGUCCCCUGAAAUAACAAAUCUCGACGACAUAAGAAAAUUAGACAGAUUCAAGGAGCCUCCCGCUUACGGACCAAUGUGUGACCUGCUGUGGUCCGACCCGCUGGAGGACUUUGGCAAUGAGAAGACCCAAGAACACUUCACACACAACACAGUGCGAGGCUGCUCUUACUUCUACAGUUAUCCUGCCGUGUGCGAUUUCCUACAACACAACAACUUAUUAUCCGUCAUCCGGGCCCACGAAGCACAGGACGCUGGGUAUCGCAUGUACAGAAAGAGUCAGACUACAGGCUUCCCCUCGCUCAUCACCAUCUUCUCAGCCCCCAACUACUUAGAUGUCUACAAUAAUAAAGCUGCUGUGCUGAAAUACGAGAAUAACGUCAUGAACAUUCGGCAGUUUAACUGUUCUCCUCACCCCUACUGGCUGCCCAACUUCAUGGAUGUCUUCACCUGGUCCUUGCCCUUCGUUGGGGAGAAAGUCACUGAGAUGCUGGUAAAUGUUCUGAGCAUCUGCUCCAAUGAUGAACUGACUACAGAUGAGGAGAUUGAUGGACAGCUAAUAUAUGCCCCAAAGAAAGGUGCUACAGCCUCUGCACGCAAAGAAGUGAUCCGAAAUAAGAUUCGUGCCAUUGGGAAGAUGGCUAGAGUAUUCUCAGUGCUACGAGAGGAGAGCGAGAGUGUUCUGACUCUGAAAGGUCUCACUCCGACUGGCAUGCUACCCAGCGGUGUUCUCUCGGGAGGCAGAGAGAAACUCCAGAAUGCCAUCAAAGGCUUUUCGCCACAGCACAAGAUCACGAGCUUUGAAGAGGCUAAAGGCCUGGACCGCAUUAACGAGCGCAUGCCACCCCGGCGCGAUGCGCUGCCUUGCGACGCCAGCCUCAACUCUCUCAACAAAGCACUGUGCUCCGAAAGCAACGGCACCGAGGCCAAGGCCAGCAGCGGCAGUGCCAUCCAGUGAUUGUCCCCGCCCACACCCAGCCCAUGCUGUCAUCAGGCUCCUCCCUCUCUCUCUCCAUGCUACAGUCGGACAGACGAGUGCAGGGGGGCGGGCAUCGCGAGUCAGAGGGUAGGAGCAGAGGAAGUGAGGAUGGAGAGGGAGGUGAAGGGGAGAGCAGAGUUUUCAAACAUGAUUCAGAGUGACACUCUCUUAGUCUUUCGAUAUGCCUUUAAAAAUAUUUUGCUUGUAAAAACCAUGAAAAGUUCUUGCGGGUUCACUCUUUUCUGAAUGAGUAAGUGUGGGAAGUGUGCUCUCGGUUGUGGAUUGAGCAGCGCAGCAGGCAGAUAUCUUAUGUGAAAAGGCCUUUACUCAUUUACUGGUUAACAGAUUUUUUUUUUUUUCUUCGUGUGUGUAACUUCUUACUAAUUAUUGUAUGUUUACAAAAAAAACAGCACUAAAAUGGACAGAGCAUAAAGUUUUUAACAUGGAAAGGGUGUACAAACUAAAUAAGGACUAUUUAUUGAUACCUUUUUUGCUACUCUUAUAAACUAGCUCUAAAGUAAAUUAGGCAGUCUUAAAAGAAUGUUGCAACAUUGAAAUGCCAAAAAUGGAACGUUUUAUGGUUUUGUACAGAUUAUGCUUACCUCAGGUUUCUUUGGUGUGUGUGUGCUUUGAUCCUAUUUUCUGUAUAAUGGCUAAUUUGCUUGAUAGCAAGUACCCGCUUUCUUGGAGUUUAGAACUGGAAUUCGCACCUAUCAUUUGAGAAAUAUGUUUUGUUUUUUAUUCGAGAUGGGGAAUAGUUCUGUUGUGGCUUGCUGGAACUUCUGUGAGUGUUCAGUUUUCUUUUUAAGUAUUGCGAACAAACAAAAAAGUGAAAAAGUGUCUAUAUAUAUAUA